AUGUUUAUUCGUUCAAUUAAUUCUCUUACAAUAUCACAAUUUAAUGAUAAUAGUGACGGUGGUCUUUCAACUCCUGGUUCAUGUAAAUCUUCCACUGAUAAUGAAUUGUUAACUCCCACUAGUCCUACUUCUUCAAAUUCAUCAAUAUAUCUACCACCAACGGAUAAUUAUUCUUCAAUGGAAUAUACAAGUUUUCCUAAUCUUGAAAAAUUCUCUGACGAAGGUUGGACCGAAGUUAGAAUUGAAAAGUUUGAUCCUCAUGAAAUACAAAUGGAAAGUUAUGAUGAAAUGUUAGUGGGAGGUGUCCGAUUUCAAUAUUCGUGA